AUGGGACUCAAACAGGAGUUAAGAUAUUUCCAUUGGGUGUUGAANCGAGUUCUGCGGCGAUCAUCAACAUGUAGUUCACCAUUUUUUCUCCAGAACCAGCUUCAAAUUCACGCUUCUCAGUCUCACAGUGUGCGUGCGUGCGAGCGAAAGAGAUCUGUGGGUGUUGCAGGGGCUCACGCUUUUCUUUUCUCUACUGCGGUCAAAUGUGCAGUGCGAAAAAUUAUUUCUACGUCUGUCAGCAGCAGAUUUGUAGAGAAUGAAUAUAGCAAAGAAAACUUUCAGGAAAGCCAUGCAAUUAGAAGCAUUCAGAAUAUUUUCAUUUCGUGUUGUCAGAGUGAAGAUGGAGAUAUUAUUGACUGCAUCCAUAUCUACAAGCAGCCGUCUUUGGAUCAUCCCUCUUUAAGGAAUCAUAAAAUCCAGUUGGCCCCCAGCUAUGAUCUAACAAAAAAGACGAAGAAAUCGUUUACUGAAAGAAAUAGGGACUCUUCCGAGACUGUGACCACACAGUUGUGGCAGAGAAGUGGAAGUUGUCCUGAGGGGACAAUUCCCAUUCGGAGGAUAGAAGAGAAUAAUGGUACGAAAGGAGAUGUAGUUGAGAAGUAUGGGAGAAAAAAGCUGGCUUCCUUCCAUGACAACGAGAAGAAGCAAUUAAAUGAAAGCAAAAUGCUAAAUCUUCUGCAGCGAAACCAUUCAGUAUGUACAUUCCCUUCUGAUGCUAGUGAUCUAUUUCUUCCUAGAAUUCCAUCUUAACUUUUGUCGUGUGAAUAGGUCGCAAUCUUGCUUACAUUGGGAUUUGCGUACUUGGGCGCCAAAGGAGAUAUCAAAGUCUGGACCCCGCAAGUUGAAUUAGAUGAUGAAUAUAGUACUUCUCGGGUAGAUCUGAGGAGUGGCCCUCGGUUGGACUAUGAUGCAAUUGAAUCUGGAUGGGCAGUAAAUCCCAGUGUUUAUGGAGACAGGCAAACUCGACUAUAUGUUUAUUGGACUGCUGACGGAUCGAAGAGAACAGGUUGUUUUGACCUCACUUGUCCCGGUUUCAUUCAAACCAGCAACCAGAUAGCGCUUGGUGCUGCCAUCUAUCCUAUCUCAAAUCCUACAGGACUUCCAUAUCAGAUAACUGUUUAUAUCUACAAAGUAAGAAAAUCUAAAAUGUUGUUCUACAAUUUACCAUUUCAUAGCCAAUAUCAAUCAAAUAUGAUCCCGGUUUGGUUCAUACCUUUUCUUCUAUCGGACCCAAACACAAGCAACUGGUGGGUGCAAUAUGGGGAGAGAAUCAACAUAGGAUACUGGCCAUCUGAUCUCUUUGGUAUGCUAAGAGCUCAAGCUGAAACUGUUCAAUGGGGCGGCGAAGUUUAUAGCUCCAGGGUAGGAACUCAUCCGCACACGGCUACCGGUAUGGGCAGUGGUCGAUUUUCCGAUUAUAUAAUGCAAAGUUCGGGCUACAUCAAGAGAAUGAGGGUACUUGGAAAUAAUAUGGAAUUGAAGUUUCCGCAAUGGAUUAAUAUUUAUACGGAUGAGUAUAAUUGUUAUGAUACUUAUUACUUUACUGACUAUGUUGAAGAACCAGAAUUCUACUAUGGAGGCCCCGGUAGAAACUACAAGUGUCCUUGAAAAGUAUGUUAAUUUUUGCAAAACGGCAUUCAAUUUGUAUGCCUCUCUUAUUGAAUUAUAUUGUUGACACCGGUAGAAAGUAGAAACACAAUUCGCAAUUGACUAGUCUAGACAUAAAAUAACGUAAAAUGUGAUUAGAUGGCAAGACCAAACUUCGCGUCUAGACGAUGCUUAGGCAAACUUUUUGAAGCAUUGGUUUAUAGUUUUUGUAAAACUACUAUAGAAAGUCAAUAUUAUUAGAGUUUUAAGAAUUCUCAUUACGUUUGCGAUC